GCUGCAGCAUUUCUCCUCUGAGAGUAAUUCCUGUUUCUGUCAUGGGGAAUAAACCAUCUCCACCACCUUCUCCACCUCCACCACCUUCUCCACUUUUAGGAACUCCAUGGAGAGACAUAAGUUGGGGAAACAAUAGAGAUUCUCUUCAGUACUUGAAGAAUUUUCAGCCUCAAAAUGAGGAGGCAACAAUCAGAGUCCUGCUCCACGGCCCAGUUGGUGCGGGGAAGUCCAGCUUCAUCAACUCUGUCAACAACGUCCUGCAGGGCAGAAUGACCACUGAAGCUCUGGCCAGUGCGACAACCUCUGAUCAAAGUUUCACCUUGAAGUAUCAAACCCAUAAAAUCAAGAAAGAAGUCAGGGGAAACUUUUAUCCCUUUGUGUUCAAUGACAUCAUGGGUCUGGAGGGCGGAAAUGGAAGAGGAGUCAGAACAGAAGACAUCAUUCUGGCCUUGAAGGGUCACGUGAAGGAUGGAUAUAAGUUCAAUCCUGUAUCUUCCCUGUCUGAUGAUGAUUAUCACUACAACUCUUCCCCGUCCAUCAGUGACAGAGUUCAUGUUCUGGUCUGCAUCUAUGAUGCUAAUGCACCACAAAUGAAUUCCUCAGUUUUAGAGAAAAUGAGGGAAAUCAGAGAAGCAGCCAGUGAGCUGGGAAUCCCUCAGCUGGCAAUUCUCACCCACAUUGACUCAGCCUGUGGGGAAACAGAGAAAACUCUGAGAAACGUCUACAAGAGCAAACAUUUAAAGAAAAAGAUGGGCGACUUCAGCUCCAGUCUGGGGAUCCCAAUGAACUGCAUCUUCCCAGUGAAGAACUACAGUGAUGAAACUCAGAUUAAUUCAGACGUCGACACUCUGAUCCUGAGUGCAUUGAGGCUGAUGAUCGACUUUGGAGACGACUACACAGAGAAACUGUGAAUCCACAGAAUGGUUUGUGGGGAUAUGCAUGAAAAUCUCAGCAGUAAUAUUGUUUAUAUCAUCAUAUAUAGUUGUUGAGGAGAGCUUAGCGGUUGACCAGCAACCAAAUAUGAAGUUUUCUGACCUUUGACCCAGAUGUUUCCUGCUUGUCUCUCUCAGCACUUUUCUGAUAAAAUAAACCUUUCAAUGAAAUAAGGAAUACCCGUAAUUUCCGGACUAUAAGCCGCGACUUUUGUCUCACGCUUUCGACCCUGCGGCUUAUACAACGAUGCGGCUUAUUUAUGAA